UGCAGGGGCGUGUCCUCGGACGGCGUCGGCGUCAGGGCGCGUCCCCCGAAGCGACGUCGGCGCGCCCUUGUCUGCGCCAUGGCGGCUCGGCUUCUACUGCGGCGGGGACGAGCUCGGGCGCUGAAGACUGUGCUUUUGGAAGUGCCGGUGUUUCGAGGACCUGCUUCUACAGCGUCUCUCUCUGCACCGUCAGGGAAGAAUGAAAAGGAACUGCCACCAAAUCCCAAGAGACAAAGUCCACCAAAAAAUGUAGAGGAACCACAGGAGAGGGCCAAGCUACUAGCCACCCACCCUGCAGCUGCGGCACCCCCCAGCUCGUCUCUGCCAGCCUCCUCCCCAGCCGCUGGGAGCAGAAGCAGGGCGGUGGCCGGCGCGCAGCCUGGUGGCCGCAAGCUGCUCACGGAGGAGGGGCUCCCAAAAGCUCUGCCCAGAAAGACUUUGGUAGCGUUUCCACACAAGGCUCCAGCUCCGUUCAGGGUGCAGGGUAGGGGCACAGUGGCUCACCCGGAUGCCCCCAAGGCGACAGACGAUUCAUCCACAUCCUCAUCGUCCUCCUCAUCCAGCUCCUCAGACUCUGAGUCUGAUGAGGAGAGGGACAUCCCGGAAGCUGGUCCCCGAGUGGGGAGCAAAGGCCGGGGAGGGUCUCCCAGACCAGAGGCCACCCAGCGCUCUGAGAACAGAACCCCCACAGUGGCAGUGUCCGCAAAAGAGAAGAGCGAGGUACAGAAGCCACACACAGAUGUCUCCUACUCAAAGAGGGCCUCUCAACCAAAGAAGAAAAGCAGCCCUGCCAAGCCUGUACAGGGCAGAGAAGAGGCCGCACCGGAAGGCGUGAUACCCAGAUCCCAAAUCCGGGGAGAGGUCUUGAAGCAGAGUGCAAAGGAAGAGCAGUCGCAGAAAACUUGCAGGCCGGAUGAGCUGGCGAAAGCGAGCCGGCAGCCCCUAGGAGUGGAAGGAAUCUCACCUGACCAUGCAAAGGCCAGGUUGUCCACACGGCUGGGAGGCAGCUUGUCCUCCACACCGGGGACCCAGGAGGCCGCCCGCCGUGGGCCCCAAGAACCAGAGCCUGGAGUAAAGCUGGCUCCUCCCCAGGUCCACGAGGAAAUGGCUGGGCAGCAGGUAGGAGGAGGACGCUCAGAGGCCCCGGAGGAGAUCCUGGAAGAUCAGGCGACUGUGAGAAGCCAGCAGCCAGCCCCUGUGCAGGCGGAGGAGGUGCAGACAGCAGGCCUGAAGCCCAGGGAGGGCGCAGCCCCGCCCCCAGAGGUCCUGGGUGACACACAGGAGUCCACCCCAGCCCCUGCGCCCACCGAGCCCUAUGAUAACACCACCUACAAGAACCUGCAGCACCACGACUACAGCACGUACACCUUCCUGGACCUGAACCUGGACCUCUCGAAAUUCAGGCAGCCCCAGCCCUCGUCCGGACGCGAGUCCCCGCGGCACUGAACGGCCUCAGCUUCUCCCUGCCCUGUCCUUGAUCCAGGCCAGGCGUGGUGGGCAGGUCUGUAAUCCCGGUACUCAGGAGGCUGAGAUGGGAGGAUCACCCUGAGUUCUAGGGCAACAUAGUGGGCUCAAGGCCAGCCUGACUACAUAGUGAGACCCUGCCUCAACAAACCUAAAAAAUAAAAUUGUUCCCGAGUCCAA